GUCAGAUUACAAGAUGCCCCUUGGGGUAAUUGCCAGGGUCUUCACUAUAUUAGUGAAGGUAUUGCAAUUCUUCAGAGAUGCACUACUGUCAUGGUGGAGGUCGGAAUCUCCGCAGUCCCAACUAUUGCGCAAAAUAUCUACGGCUCAAUCGUUCGAGGAGUGGAACGAUGCUGCGAUCGACUUGGAUGAACUCCUGGGCGCCAAUCUAUGGCGGCAGGACCCCACGAGUCCUCACUAUGACUAUCUCCUCAUUCUAGGAAGGAUGCAGGCUAUCAUGAACGCCCGAGAAAAUGACGACAUCCUGACACUGACCAGCCUGCUCCGAUCGGGUCUGGUCCGCAACCUCGGCAACAUAACCGCGAUCCAUCUCUUUCUUCAUUCGUACGCAGGGACGAAGCAUCUGGUGGACGACUAUAUCACUCAGGUGGCACUCUCCAUUCAAUAUGUCUCAGCCCUGCCGGCGGUCCCGGGUUAUAAUACUGGCUUUACUGCGCAGUCAAAGCUGGAGCUAUUGCACGAUACGCGCCAGGCGUUCGGAAGAACGACAUUGCUCUUACAAGGCGGGUCGAUCUUCGGGCUAUGUCACCUAGGCGUGGUGAAGACCCUCCACCUCCAGGGCGUCUUGCCUCGCAUCAUCACCGGAACGGCGACGGGUGCGCUUAUCGCCGCGCUGGUCGGCGUACAUACCGAGGCCGAACUGUUGACAUUCCUCGACAGCGACGCCAUAGAUUUAACUGCUUUUGACCGUGUGCGUAAGAGGGACAGCAACCCGCGGUUGCCAUUUGGUCUGGGAAGCACUUGGCUGGGCGUGUUGAGUCGACGAGUCAACCGGUUUAUGUCCCGCGGUCAUUUUCUCGAUAUCGGGGUGCUUGCGGAGUGCGUACGGGCCAAUAUUGGGGAUAUCACCUUUGAGGAAGCGUUCGCGCGCUCGAAGCGUGUCCUGAACAUCACUGUCGCAACCUCGAAUACCGGUGGGACGCCGGAUUUGUUAAACUACUUGACUGCCCCCAAUGUGUUGAUCUGGUCUGCGGCUGUGGCGUCGAAUGCAUCAUCCUCAUCAUUGUACCAAUCGGUACCGAUCUACUGCAAGGACGAGUCAGGCAAAAUCGUCCCCUGGUGGGACGACCAAGACGCAGCCUCCAAGGCAGCACGUCGCACUCGUCGAUACAAAGCCGGAGAAUCGCCGCUAGCGCGCAUCGCAGAGCUAUUCAACGUCAACCACUUCAUCGUCUCCCAAGCCCGACCCUAUCUCAUCCCAUUCUUCCGCUCCGAGAUGCACCUGCUUGACCGGCGUCCAACAGGCCGGUUCACCGUAACGCGCGCCAUCAAAGGCCUCGUCGCGUCGGAAAUCCGCCACCGACUGCGCCAACUAGAUUACUUCGGCUACCUUCCGCAGGUCCUCGCGCGGCUUCUCAUUGAGGAGACCAUCCCGGGACCCAGCCUGACCCUCGUCCCAGACCUCUCCAUGAUGGACUUCACCAAGCUCCUGGAGAACCCAACUAAAGAGAACCUGAAGCACUGGAUCCAGAAGGGCGAGAAGGGCGUGUGGCCUGCGCUCAGUGCGCUCAGAGUUCGGUGUGCGAUUGAGUUCGAGCUCGAUAAGCAUUACCGGUAUGUGCGACGACGGUGUCGACCCGCUGAGAGUCCCGUGUCGCCUGUUUUGCAUAGUCCUUUCUUGCAGGGGACUGGACAUUUUGAGUCGGUGGAUACGGUGGAUACGGUGGAUACUAGGUGAUGGCAUUCUGGCCUGGACGGGAACGUCUGCAGACGUCAACAAGUGUCCAACUGUAGGAGCGGGAGGGCAAGUUUGAUGCUACAUACGAACUCAAGGAGUAUCGAAUGUUCGAUCCUGGAAAUAUCCGAUCCAUUCCUCCAACUUUUGAUAGAAGAUCAGGGAAUGGCCUGUCUACACGGAGAUUGGACAGACAGCGGCACCGAUCUUGGUUCGGAUCAGAAGCGAAAAGACUAUGGAAGUCAUAUAUUCCAGCAUCCAUCUGUUAUAAUAUACAUCGAACCAACACCCUAAGGCUGACCGACCCUCCACCGAUUCCACCCACCAACAACACUCUUAACACGGAAGAAAGAAAGAAAGAAAGAAAGAAACACAUAGAUCAAUAAAGGUACACAUUAUC